AUGCAUAUUUCUCGCACCGUUCUCACCACCAUCGCCAUUGCGGCAACAGGCUCAGCCCUUCCCGCCUCCAGCUGCGGAAACGGCAACUGCCCCCACAACGGUGGAAACACCCGCAUCUCGAGCGGCAACGACCAGGGCGCUCAGCAAGGUCAACAGGGUCAGCAAGGCCGCUUUGACAAGACCCGCCAGAACGGCAAUGGCGGUCUGUCUACUCGCUCCCACGACCUAAUGUUCGCCGCUGGCCACGGCGCCGACUCCGGAAACCAGAUGGGCGGCAGCAACACCGGCAACAACGGUCUCUACGACAAGUCCGGCGACUACCUUGGCAAGAAGGAGCUCAAUCACGAGAGCCUCCAGCUUUCGACUACGUCUGGCGGCUCCAAUAUCCCCUUCACCAAGGAGCAGCAAUACCAGCCCCGCUCCGAGGUCAACUCCGGGCUUCACAAGAACAACAACGGCCAGCAGCAGCAGCAGCAACAGCAAGCUCAAGAGAAUGGGCAGCUCAUGACCACCCUCGACAAGAUCCGGGAGCUUCUCUUUGGUCCCCAGCAGCAGCAGAACCUUGAGCGCCAGCAAGAGGGCAAGGGCAAGACCCAAGUCCGCCGCUCCGAGGUUCAAGGCCAGCAGCAGCAGGGCCCCAUGGGCUCUGGUGCCCUCGGCAACGGUGGCCGUUUCGAGUCCAACGCCUACCCCCAGAACAGUCUCGAGCAAGAGAGACAGCGCCUGAGAAACGGCCAGCUUGAGCAGCCACUCGGCAACAACGUCAACAAGGACGAGGGCCUCACACAGGGUCAAAACCAGAGAAUCAAUCUGGAUAAUGGCAACCAAGGCCAACAGUCGACCAACGGGCAGCUCCAGUCCGCUAUCAAGGGCGGUGAACACCAGAACCCAGCCAUGAAGGAGCAGGAUGUCCCCACGAUUGUCAUUUCCCAGCACGAGAAGGUCCAGCCCCGCGGUCAGGGACAGUCUUCCUCCAAGGGCUCCAGCGCCAGCACCAACAAUGAGGGCGACAGCGAGUCCACCAAGUUUGUCCAGCCCGCCCAGAUGAAGACUUACAAUCAGGAGGAUACCCCGAUGCAGCAGAAGCUUGAGAAGGGUAUCUCGUCCUCUCAGCUCCUCAACAAGGGCGAGAACAACAACCAGGGCCGUCUUUCUGGCCGUGCCGAGCAUCAAAACACCAACCCUGGCAUGACCAAUGGGCAGGACGCAAAGGCUGAGAAGGUUCUUGGCUCUUCGGAUCAGGGACAGCAAUGGGGACAAAUCCAGGACGAGCUCAAGAAGUGCCUCUACGUCGCUGGCCAGCAGGGUGACAUCAACAUGCUCCGCGACUGCUUCAACAACGACGCCGACAAGAUGUCAGGCUCCCUCCAAGGGCAGCAGGGACAGCAGGGGCAGCAGCAGCAGCGCUUUGAUUCCAACAACUCCGGCCAUAAUCAGGGACAGCAGGGCCAGCAGCAGCAGCGCUUUGAUUCCAACAACUCCGGCCAGAAUCAGGGACAGCAGGGGCAGCAGCAGCAGCAGCGCUUUGAUUCCAACAACUCCGGCCAGAACCAAGGUCAGCUCCAGGGUAACAAGGUCCAGGCCUAG